GGCCAGUAGUGCCAGUACUUUUAGCUAACUAACGUAAUUGGUAUGUAUGUAAACUUACAUUUCACCAUACAACCAAUAUUAUGUUAUCAUUUAUGCGUCGUUUGUGUGUCAUUAGGUAGCUAACGUUAACCUAGCGGUUAUACCGACUGUCUCGAACUUCAUUGGAUCCAUUUCGCGGCGAAAGUUAACGAGAUGUCUGGUUGAUACAGAGAUGAGCGGUGAGAACGUGAAGUUGUUUGUGGGGAACCUUCCUUUAGAUGCAACUCACGACGAGCUAAACAAGCUCUUCGCUCCAUAUGGAGAGAUCAACACCUGCUCUCUGCUCAGACAGUAUGCCUUCGUCACCCUGAGGGGAGAGGGGGCUGCAGACAGGGCCAUAAGGCAUCUUGAUGGAAAAGAGUACAGAGGCAGGCCCCUGGUGGUCGAGGAGUCACGUGCACGCCCACCCAACUCCACUAAAGUGUUUGUGGGGAACCUCAGUGCAACAUGUUCAGCAGAUGACUUGCACGGGCUGUUCUCAACCUUUGGAAGAGUUUUAGACUGUGAUAAAGUCAAAGCCAGAUUAUGCUCAAAUGUUGGCUAUGCGUUUGUGCAUAUGGAGAGGAAGGAGGAGGCCUUGGCUGCUAUUGAGGCACUCAACGGCACCAUGUACAAGAGCCGUCAGUUGGCCGUUGAGCUUUCCAAAGCCCAACCUUUAAUCAACCAGAUUGCAAUGGGCGGAAAUUCAGCGAGCGCUGGCGGAACAGCAGGUGGCAGGGAGGGUCUUCUUCCGAGACCACCUCCAUCACUAGAGCAUCACCAGAGUCAAGCAGCCGUGCUAGCAGCAGCUGCAGCUGCCGCAGCUGGUCUACCCAUACAAGUUCAACAAAGUGUCCAUAACUCAUUCUACAACACCACAUCCUUUGAUCCCACCUACGCUGCCCUAAAGGGCAUUACAAGCGCUAAAGGUGCUGAUGGGGUGAUUUAUGGCGCUCUUGCCAGCCAGGUGUAUGGAUCUGUUGCUGACCAGGUGUACCAAGAUAUGGCCAAUCACAAUCCUGGAACCAGUGCCGUUGUUGAAGAAGUAGAGCCACAGACCGGACCAGAUCCAACAACGCUUUUCGAGGCAGCGAGAGCCAAGUUCUUUCAAGAAGGACAGAAGGUUCUGGCAGAGCAGCAGGCAGGAAGAAAGGCAGCAGCUUCAGAUAAUGAGCGGGACCGCAGCCCAAUCAGAGGAAAUCGAGCCCCCCUCCUCCCCGACCCAGUUCCUGGUUCCUUCGCUCAGAUACGACCCAAACGCAGGGCCCUGCUGCCAACGCCACCUGGAGGACCCGAAGAGCCCGCAGCUGCAACCAACACUCCUGAAGGGUCAGAUCCUGUAGCUAGGUCUUACACAGAGUACUACCAGCAAAUGCAUCAAUACCAACAGUAUCAACAGUACCAGCAACAGUACCAGUACCUCCAGUAUGCCUACACCAAUCCUCCUCCUCCUCCGCCACCUCCUCCACCUGCACCGGCCACCACGCAGGUACAGGCUUCCACCACAGCCACCGCACCGCCAGGGACAUACUCUGCACCCCCGACGUAUGCCGCAUCGGGAGCCUACCCACCGCCGGGAACAUACGACGCUUCGGCGAGCUACAACGCUUCAUCUGGGAACUACGAUGCCUCGGCAGGAAGCUAUGACGCGUCCGGAGGUUACGGGGCAUCAGGAGCAUAUGAUUCAUCAGGAGCUUACGCAGCAGCGGGAAGCUACUCAACAUCCACACCGUAUGAGCAGACACCCGCACACGGGCAACCCAUGCCCCAGCGCCAUGAUUACCCUUACCACACGCCAGAACCCCCUUAUCGAUAGUCCCCACCCCCAAACACUCUUUCCACACUGCAGAUGUGUGCGUGUGUGUGUGCGCGUGUGUUUGUGUGUGUGUGCAUGUGUAUUUACAUUAGGGACAGUUUAAAGAGGAAAAUCAGAGAGGGAGCAAGGUUGUAAUUUCGAAUGUGCUUUAAAUCUGAAGCAUCUCCCCCGUUUCUCCACCUUAACUUACCUGUCAGUUGAUGGCUGUUGAGUUAAGUAGGUGAUUAAAUGAGUUAAGGUCUUUGGACAAGUGGAGAUAAGCUAAUAUUGGAAUAUUGUCAAGCAUUCAUAGUUUCUUUUAUGUUAUAGAGGCGCAGCUGGUUCCUUGUUGAAUGUUUAAAGAGGCUUAAAUGUUUCUAGGGACAAAGUUAGACGCAGAGGCUAGGGUAGGAUUUCACAGGAGAAGCAUUUUGUUACUGGAUGAAGGCAUUUUUAUAUACUGUAAAUAAAAAUGUGUACGAAAUGGGGAUUUCCUUGCAAAAUGCGCAGUCCAACAUUUAUAACAGGAAAUCAUAAACUGCAUCAUCACACGUUUCAAGUAGGGCACAAAAUGAAAAACACCGCUAAAUUAUUAAAUAUGUAUAAAAACUGUUAAAUUGCAUUUAAGCAGACAAACUGGAGCCCUGGAAGAAAGAGAAAGUUAUCCAUCUGGCCUAUCUUUAUGUCUUAAAAACUACUUAGUUUUCCUUUAAGUAUUUAAAAUACACAUCCAAAUCCACACUUUUGUUGGUGUAGGGACAUUCUGUGUGAAGUAUGUAACAGAGCUCUGUUUGAAUUCAGCUGCAUUGACCCAUUUGUAAUAGCCACAGUCCAGUUCGUCCAGACAUUUAACUGCCUAAAUGGUAAUAGAUGUCGACUAGAAGCAGAAUUGAUAUUGAGCAGUGCAUCAGACACGUUUUUACUUUACUGAAGAACCUUCUUUUUGUAAAGCUUGAGAAUGUUUAAUUGACCAGACUGUCUUAUUAUGAUUAUGUUUGAGGCUGGUUUCACGGAGCUCCCACAGGUUUGGUGGUAAUCAAGCAAUUCAUACUCGAAAGAGAUGGCUUAUCAUUUUUGCCCCUCUAAAUUUUAGGUAAUAGAAAUCUAUGAAAUGGCAACAAUCACAAAUCACCCCGUUGAAAUUGAAGGUUAAACACGUCACACUUCUAACUCAGCAUAUUGUGAUUUUGUGAUUGUAUUUUGCUAGUGUUAAAGGAUUUCUUGAGCCUACCUGUUGAUUUUAGGGUUUGAAGAGUGACUACGGAGUAAAUUUGUAGUCCACACAGGCCUUCUUGUUUCAUUCGGAGAGUCUGCUUAACAUGCGGCGGAUAUUUAUUACUUGGAUAUUCUCUCAGCACGGUUUGCCAUAUUUUAUUUUUUCUUGGAUAGCCAAGGCUUGCUGUGUGUACACAAACAAAUAAAGAUGAAAGUCUCACUCUCAGGAGUUAAAUAUAUCCUAGUUUUUGAUCAAAGGUCAGUGUUUGCCUCUAAAAUAUUAGAACAGAAUCGUAUUUAGUUUCAUAUUUUAUUCACCCUUCUUUCUUUUUCAUUCUUUCUGGAUCAGUUUUGUGUUGAAUUGCUAUCUGAGCAUCCUGUGUGAAAAGAAAGUUCUCAGUUUAACCCAGGUUUUUGAUAUUUUUUUCAGACUGAGGAAGACAAAGUGUUGUACAUAUUGGAAUUUAUAUAAGCCAGAGGAAUGGCAGCAUGGUUUGGCCAAGAGAGCAUUAUAAAUUUUCAUUUUCUAUCAUUAGCUUCUUUCUCACAUCUGCGCUCACAUUGCAAACCAUUUUGGCAAUUUGACGGGAAGUUGAGGUAGUUUUCAUACCAGAAAAUCAACAAUUUGAUACUUGUGUAAAACCUUAUAUUAAAUUGACAUGGUAAUGCCAACCAACAUUUGGUUGAGCGGUAAGAAUACUGACUGAAUAUAUUAAGAUUAAAUGAUUGUAUUUAUUCUUAAACAGUUGGAGGUAGCAAAUGGACGAGAUGAAGUAGGACAUUCGGGUUGUUUGUGUGGCAGUAGCUGUAUAUGACAAACACGCUGUAAUGCAGAUUCUAAAGGUUGGACAAAACAGUGAUUCACCAUUUGAGCUGAGAGCAGGUAAAAGUGUGUUUUCCUCUAACUGCAGUGGCGUGCUGCGGAUGCGUGGGGUUACUGACUGAGUGGAUAUGAGGUGACAUAGUUGCUGCAGGUGAACACGAAGGUUGUUUUGGAUUUAGACCGCUGAUUUUUUCCCGAGCAACAGUGAGAAGGGACGAUGACCUUUCACUUUUCCCUCAUCUGAUCUCUUCAGAAAAACACACCUUAUUUUGACACAGGAUUACUGACUUUCUCUGCAUUCAUACCAGACAACUCCACACUUAUAUCUAGAUGAAUUCUAACUGGCUUCAUUGUAUUACUCACGUAAAGCAGACAACACGUGCAAAUGAUACUAAUGCACAUCUGAUUCCACCUGCAUUUUAUGUGACUUACAGUAGUUGUUCCGUUCGUGAUUGUACCACACACUAGUUACUCAUCUUAUUUCUUAUUCGCCACCUGAGUUGGUAGUGCUUUGUUUGGUUUAAGUGACACAUAGCCUCUCUAAAUGUCCACAUUAUUCCACCUUCUCCAUGUAAACUGUUAGUUGCAUGCCUUGUUGUUGCUGCUGCUCCAGCCACCUUCUUCCUCUUGCUGAUUAUUGCAGCUAGAGUGGGAGGGAGCCAAACUGAGCCCUUGCCCUGGACGUACGCCACACGCAGCUGUAGCGUGGGAUGGGGAAAACAGCAGCGUUAGGCCUGAAAAUGCUGUGGACGAUGGGGUGUCCCCCCACUAAGGUAAACACUCAGACCACACACUCCUGCCCCUUCCCGAAACACGCGUACACACUCACAAACCCACUCAUACACACAUACAGAUACACCUAUGUCCAUGCUUCCUGUUCCUUACCUGUCGUCAGGGAUUUUUCUUUGUCAGGAUUUCAGAUUUUGUGGAAAUGGAUUCCCCAUCACCCCUUGUUUUUUUUUUGUUGUUUUUUUUUUUUAAAUGGGAGAUGACCUUUUGUUCCUGCUUUUGAUUUUCCUGAUCAUAUACCUGCAUUUUCCCCCAAGCAUACCCUGCUCAUACAUUCCUGCUCCCAACAUACUGACCUCUCACACAAGAUUUGGAGGACACGUCUGUCGUCUUUUAGUCUAAAUCUGAACCCUGUCUGAAGCAGUCAUGUUGUUAGUACAUCCCGUACCUAACAGCCUGUCAAUCAAGAGUACCAGGCAAUCACAGCCAGAGCUGGACGUGGGACAUUUAGGUGGGAUGUCUUAGUGUUUUGUAAACGUGCCCCUGGGGCCACUUUGGGGUUAAGUGCCUUGCUUAAGAGCACAUCGGUAGGCCCUUCAUUUCAGAGUUGAAUAACCUGGCUCAGGAUCGGUUGCUGGUUCAACGCUCAACUCCCCCUUUCCCCUAAAACAACGAUUUUUGAUGCCACAUUCAACUUGUAUGAAUGACAAUGAACACAAAUGUUAUCAUUUUGUUUUAAAUUACGUUUUGUCCUAUGUUCUUUGAAAUGUUUAAUUAUCAAUAAAUGAAUUUCAACUGAA